AAAUAUAGUCUAGCCGGUACUAGAGAAACAGAGAGAAGCUGCUUGGCUAGUUCUUUACAGGCCAGCUUGUCCUGGAUUGGCUUCUUCUUCUCCUCUUUUCUUUCUUUCCCACACUGAAAAGCACUCUCCUUAAAAAAAACCAGUAAAACUAAAAGAGCCCACAUUUCCCCAUUAUCACUACUUUUCAAGUUUGUUUAAGUUUCUGGGUUUGAAGCUUAGCAGGCUUAAAAGCUUAUGGCCAGUACUUAUAUGAGUAGAUGAUUUGAUGUUCUCACAUUGAUUGAGUAUUCAAGAAGUUGAAGCAUGGAAGAGACAUUUGUACCUUUUCGUGGAAUCAGGAAUGAUCUUCGAGAGAGGUUGAGUUGUUACAAGCAAGACUGGACUGGUGGUUUCCGGGCAGGCUACAGGAUUUUGGCUCCCACCACAUACAUAUUUUUCGCUUCAGCUAUUCCAGUUAUUUCAUUUGGAGAACAAUUAGAAAGAGAGACGGAGGGAGUUCUAACAGCAGUUCAAACAUUAUCAUCUACGGCUUUAUGUGGAGUUAUACACUCAAUACUUGGGGGUCAGCCGUUGUUGAUUCUUGGAGUUGCAGAGCCAACUGUUAUUAUGUACACAUUCAUGUUUAAUUUUGCUAAAAAUAGGCCGGAGUUGGGAUCAAAGCUCUUCUUAGCAUGGACUGCAUGGGUAUGCAUGUGGACGGCAGUAUUGUUGUUCCUGUUGGCUAUAUUAGGGGCUUGCUCCAUUAUAAACAGAUUCACUCGUCUUGCUGGAGAGUUAUUUGGCCUUCUUAUUGCAAUGCUCUUCAUGCAGGAAGCUAUCAAAGGACUUGUUGAGGAGUUUCGCAUACCUGAAAGAGAAAACCCAAAUUCAAUUCAGUUUCAACCUUCAUGGAGAUUUGCAAAUGGGAUGUUUGCUCUGGUCCUGUCAUUUGGUCUUCUACUCACUUCGUUGAAGAGCAGAAAAGCAAGGUCUUGGCGAUAUGGGUCUGGGUCACUGCGAGGUUUUAUAGCAGAUUACGGUGUGCCAUUGAUGGUAUUGAUCUGGUCCGCUAUUUCCUAUAUACCAACUGGAAGUGGAAGUGUUCCAAAAGAACUUCCAAGGCGCCUCUUCAGUCCAAAUCCAUGGUCACCUGGAGCUUACGAGAAUUGGACUGUCAUCAAGGACAUGCUAGAUGUGCCAGUGCUUUAUAUAAUUGGAGCAUUCAUUCCAGCAACAAUGAUCGCUGUGCUCUACUAUUUUGACCACAGUGUAGCUUCUCAACUGGCUCAGCAGAAAGAAUUUAAUUUGAGAAAGCCACCUUCUUUCCAUUAUGAUCUACUUCUCUUGGGGUUCAUGGUCAUAAUAUGUGGUUUGAUAGGAAUACCUCCAGCGAAUGGUGUCAUACCACAAUCUCCUAUGCAUACUAGAAGUUUGGCCACACUGAAGCAUCAGUUGCUUCGCAAUCGACUUGUAGCGGCAGCAAGGAAAUGUAUGAAAAACAAUGCAAGCUUGGGUCAAGUAUAUGGAGGCAUGCAAGAAGCAUAUCAACAGAUGCAAACCCCACUAAUAUAUCAGGAACCUUCAGCUCGGGGGCUAAAGGAAUUGAAGGUUUCAACUAUUCAAAUGGCUUCAAGCAUGGGAAACAUGGAUGCUCCACUUGAUGAGACGGUGUUUGAUGUUGAGAAAGAUAUAGAUGAUUUAUUACCUGUUGAGGUGAAAGAACAGCGGCUCAGCAACUUGCUUCAAGCUAUACUUGUAGGAGGAUGUGUUGGAGCCAUGCCUUUUCUUAAAAUGAUCCCAACUUCAGUACUAUGGGGUUAUUUUGCCUUCAUGGCGGUUGAAAGCUUGCCAGGAAACCAGUUCUGGGAGAGGAUUCUUUUGCUCUUCACGGCUCCUAGUAGAAGAUACAAAGUCCUUGAGGAAUACCAUGCCACUUUUGUGGAAACAGUACCAUUCAAUACGAUUGCAGCAUUUACAGUUUUCCAGACUGUGUACUUGCUUGUGUGCUUUGGAAUUACAUGGAUUCCUAUUGCUGGGGUUCUCUUCCCAUUAAUGAUCAUGCUCCUGGUUCCUGUUAGACAAUACAUAUUGCCAAAGUUCUUCAAAGGGGCAUUCCUUCAAGAUUUAGAUGCCUCAGAGUAUGAAGAGGCACCUGCUUUACCAUUCAACCUCGUACCUGAAAGAGAGAUGAGUAGGGCGGCAUCAUUUGCAGACGAUGGAGAAAUUUUAGAUGGGGUUAUGACUAGAAGCCGGGGUGAGAUCAGACAUGUGUGUAGUCCUAGAGUUACAAGCUCAACUGCAACACCAUCCAAGGAAUUCACAUGUAUUCAGAGCCCACUGUUCUCAGAUAAGAUAAACAGUCCUCAUCCAAGUGAGCUGAGAGUUGGGGAAAGUCCUCGGACCAGUGGAAAAGGGGAGUUUAGCCAAAGGACUGGCCAGACAAAACUAUCUAAUUUAGGGAAGCAUGGGUAAACCUUAGACUCGGAAGAUAUGAACAGCAAGUGUUGCCUGCAAAUUAUAGUCAAAUUACUAAAGGA